UUCUAGAACAGCUCCUGUGGCUGAAGGAGAGGUGGUGUUCCCCUCCGCCCCGCCCCUACGUACGCGCGCCGGCGUCGAGUGGGCGUGGCGCCGGGCGGCGCGCUCCUUCCUCCGACCGCCGCUCCGCCUCGGGCGCGCCGCUGGGUCUCCAUGGCGACGGGACGCGGCCGGCUCCUGCAGCUGUACUGGCGCGGCCUCCAGGCGCCGCGUUUGCCGCCUGGCGGCGUCGGGAUGGCCCCGGGGCCCGACGGGGAGGCUGCCGGGCCCGCCGGGUUCAGAAAGGGGCCGGGCGCCAGGAGAGCAGGAAGGGCUGUCCUGAAGCAGUGUGCCCGUGGGGGGAAGCGCUGUGGGCAGCACCCCAAAGACCAGCUGGUGUCUAUGGAGAGGAUGCCCUCAGAAAUCUUGCUGAAGAUCUUUUCCUACUUGGAUGCUGUGACCCUGCUGUGUGCUGGAUGUGUGAACAGGCGCUUUUAUCAUCUGGCCAAUGACAAUUUUAUUUGGUUUAGAAUCUAUACAACUGCAUUUUCACCUAAAAGAUGUAACUGGAAAGUUAACUCAGCAGAGAAGUCCGCUGUAUCUAUGAAGUCACUGUCGGUUGAGGAUAAAGAAGCUGGAUAUUGGAAGAAAGAAUUUAUUACAAAGCAAAGAGCAUCUGUAAAAGCCGCGCUCGCUCAGGUUCUCCAGCCUGUCAACCCGGACACAGGCCUUCCCGUCAAAACCAAAGAGGCCCUCAGCUUUUCUUUCUCCAGAAUAUCUGGUUUAUGUUGGGUAAUUAUAUUGAAAGCAAAAAAUGGACAAGAGUACGUCAUGGAACACACUGACCUUUCCGUACAUGAUUCAUCAGUGACGAUUAUGUGGUAUGGCAAAAACUGGCCACAGCUAGCCAUGCUGUCAGCCUUAGAUUUGUGUGGUGUGAUGCCAGUUUUUAUGGACCGGUCUAAAACCCCCUCCAAAAAUGGACCUCGGUGGCAUUCUUUAAUUGCAAAGUACAAUCUAAGUAACUUAACUGAAUCCACCAUGAUUGGCUGGGACAGCCUGAUUCGGAUCUUCUGUCUACACCCAGGCCUCCUGGUGGGGCUGUGGAAGAGGGAGGAAGAACUGGCUUUUGUAAUGGCAAAUCUUCAUUUCCAUCACCUUGUGGAGAAGAGCACGUUAGGCUCAGCCACUGUCCCCUACGAGCUACCUCCUCAUACCCCUCUUUUGGAUGACCACCCAGAGUACGGACUGCAUGGCUACCAGCUCCAUGUUGAUAUGCACAGCAGUGGAAUUUCCUACCUGUGUGGCACAUUUCGCAAUCUCUUUACCAAGAAAGGAUCCAUUGAAAAUGGAUAUGUGAAGCUUGUUGUUAUAAGGUUUAAAAAUAACACAGAACACCUACCUCUUAUUGGAAAAGUUGGCCUCUCUUGGAGAACUGAUGUUUUCGAUGGCCGUAUAAAGGGUCCUCAAGAAACCACAGUGGCCAAUAUGAUGUUAAGUGCAUCCCGUUUUGAUAGUGCUGAACUAUUGGAGAAAGUAUGUAACCGCCUCUCCGCCUGGAUCUGCAGUCAAGUCUCUGUCUCAGCUGUUCCUGCUGUGGACUUCAACUGCCGUCUGGAAGAGUGUUAGUCAUCUUAAUAACGUGAAUCGAUCAUAAGCCCAGCCUGCUGGACAAUAUUGCAAUCAAAACAGCAGAGGCUGAAAUGUUCCAGCCGGAAUGAGAACAUAGGAACAUAGCUUGACUCAGAAACUCUGCAGCGGCAUCCAGCGGAGCUCCGAUCAAAAGAGACUCACCAGCCACAGCUAAAGUGUUUUGGCUGUGAAAAGUGCUUUCGUCACUAAAGGGAUGUCAGCACUGUAAUUUUGGGUCCCAAUAAUGAAGAGAAUAACAGUAAUUAUGGACAUUUUAUGACCAGAAGCCUUCCAAUCAAAUGAUACAGUUCAAGUUGUAUCUUUUGAACCUGUUGAAUUGCCUUCUGUAUCAGUUCCUGAAGGAUGUAAUUGUUAUUAAUAAGACAUUAACAGGAUAUCAUCUCCUUCAACGGUAACUCCAUCUCUCUGUAGAAGUGAGUUAUUGGAACAAUUAAGAGCUGUAUGAGAGUGUACGAUCUAGAGAUGCUUCAGUGUUUUCUCCCAUUGCUGGUAUACUUGAUGCUUUUGAAAAAAUGUGCCUACGUCUUUUGUUCCUCCCCAGUCCUCCCAA